AUGUUAGAGUUCUCAAGACUUGUUGAUGCCAAUAUCCAGGAUCCAUCAAGUGGUCCUAUCAAUUCAGUGCAGUUUCAUAGGAAUGGGCAGCUGAUGCUUGCUGCAGGUUUGGACAAGCAUCUCAGGUUUUUCCAGAUUGAUGGAAAGAGAAACCCCAAGAUCCAGAGCAUAUUCAUUGGGGACUGUCCAGUACACAAGGCCUCAUUUCUACCUGAUGGCUCUGAGGUGAUGCUAUCAGGCAGGAGAAAGUUCUUCUACUCAUUUGACCUGGUGAAUGCUGCUGUUAGCAAGAUUGGACCUUUGACGGGGCGUGAGGAGAAAAGCCUGGAGAGCUUUGAGAUAUCACCUGAUUCGAGAACCAUUGCUUUUGUCGGUAACGAAGGGUACAUCCUUCUUAUUUCUGCCAAGACAAAGCAGCUCAUUGGAACCCUCAAGAUGAACGGAAGCGUGCGUUCACUGGCUUUUGCGGAUGGUGGAAACCAGCUGCUGAGCAGCGGUGGAGAUGGCCAUGUUUACCACUGGGAUCUCGGAACGAGGAAGUGCAUCCACAAGGCUUUUGACGAUGGUUCCCUGGCUGGCAUUUCACUUUGCACCUCGCAGGACAGCUCUUUGUUUGCCACAGGCUCCACCAGCGGCAUCGUGAAUGUGUACAAGAGGGAUGAUUUUCUUGGUGGGAAGAGGAAGCCACUGAAGACGAUCGAAAACCUGACCACUGACAUUGGCGAAAUGAAAUUCAACCAUGAUGCCCAGAUCUUGGCAAUCAGCUCAAGGAAAGAGAGGAAUGGGAUGAGGCUUGUGCAUGUCCCGUCGUUCAGCGUGUUCCAGAACUGGCCAGGGCCUCGGUUCAGCCUUCACUAUCCACGUUGCCUGGAUUUCAGCCCUGGCAGCGGGUUCUUGUCUGUUGGACACGCGGGUGGAAAAGUCCUUCUAUACAAGCUUCACCACUAUAAAAACGCAUGAGACUAGGAUGGUUACUUGGCAAAACCCAGUUUUGACAUUAUGUUUGUACUCUUGAACACUCCAUGAAUCAAGUGUAUGCUGAUUCGUUCCAGUCAUUGCACUUUACGCUUUGCUGCCACUGGUUUCAAUGCUUGAUACAUGCUGGCAAUCUCGUACUUCUCUUUUUUAGUCGUAUGCAGUUUGUUAUGCUGCUAUUGCUCUA